AAUUAUUAUUUCUUUUAAAUUAAUAAAUAAUAAAUAAUUUCUGACAUUAAAAAUCAAGAAAAAAAACUAAAAAAUGAGUGAUUUGAUAGAUCUUACCAGUCCAGAGGACAAAAAAAUAAAACCUCCUAAACUUACGUCACCGCUGAUCCCUUUACCGGAUGAUAAGGGCAACCCAGGUGAAUCUAAGCAUAUAAAUAAUCCAAUAAUCAAUUUAGAAGCUUGUGGUAACUUGGAUGACAAUCCAUUCGACUCUGCGCUGCGUAAAACGAGCGAGUUUGUCAGUAAAUCCCAAGACCCUUUUGAGAUAGUCUGGGAAAAGUCAAUGAACAGCACCAAGAAGUCAUGUAGGUCAACCGGGGAUCAGUCAGGAUCGUUCCAGUAUCAUCAAGCCAAGCUAAAUAAAACAGCUGAUGGUUUUGUCACUCCAUCGGUCACUUCAGUCCCCAAAUCUAGUGUGACUAAAUCAAAAAACCCGGCGAUUUCAGUGAAGCCACCUACUCCGGAGUUCCACGAGCUCUCGAUCCUGGACCAGUCGUGCCUGAAUGACAGUUUUCUGCUGGACUCUUCGGUCACGGGGCGACCGAGCACCGAGAGGUAUUUAAAGCGGCUGGCCAGCGACUUUGAAUCGUCCAACUUUGAAUUAUCCCAGUCGAUCUUAAACCAGUCGACGCUUAACGACAGCUUGUCUGGGACCAACUCGGAUGAUUGUCCAAUAAAAUCUAUAGCUGCCCAGCGGCUCGCCUCUUGUGUCCGGCAAGGACUCAAACAAGCUGAGGCUGCUAGGAAAAAUGAAGGGUACCAUCAACAGCGGUCGUUGUCUCAAGGAUGUCACGUCUCUCCACACUACUCUAAGUCUUCCAGGUCUUACUCGGCGACGGGUGCUGGAUUGGAUAAAAGUCUUCAAGAGCUUGAGCUUGCUUCUAGAGAUACUUUACUCGACCCGCUGAACAACGGGUUUCUUAAUUCAAGUCGUGAUACAAUAUCUGAUAUUUCUUUCAUAAGGAAAUUCAGUUCGGCAUCGGGUGGGUCUGCUAGUGAUACCUUUAAUAAAAUAAACCAAGCUUUUAUCGCCAGUAAAUCACUUAUAGAAAAUGAUACUGUAAAAAAAUCAAUAAAUUCAAGACUCUCGACGUCUUUCGCUGAGAUUUCUGACUUGAAAGCGAAACUUAGUUUGCUAAAGUCAAAGUCUUUGGAAAGAAAUGAAACUGGUUCAGUUUCUGAUCCCGAAGCAAUUGUUGUUAAUCAUAAUAUUACUUCAGAUUCUGUAUUUAUUGAUGAACAUUGGGAAAGGACAAAUGAUGCGAGAUUAAUAGCAGAUAAGCUUGAAGAAAUGCUUACCAAGUCACACAAGUCGAGCGAUAGUGAUGAAUUACCUUCGAGAAUUCCUAGCGAUAAUGAGGUAUUAACGGAUAAUGAAGUACGAGUAGAAAACUUGAUUGAGUUAUCCUCAGAUACCUCGAACAGUACGGGAUUUAAUUCCGUUGAUAAAGUACAGUCCUCAUCGCAAUCACUUCUUAAGAGUAACGACAACAGCUCUGUCGACGUGGUACGUGAGUUGGAGAAGGAACUAAUCGACGCUGAGAAUAAGCCAGCAGCUGCCAGUCUGCUGAUGGAUUUAAAGAAAUUAAUAAAAGCUGAAAAUAAUCCGCAGGCUAUUGAAUUGCUGAAAAAUCUUGAGAAAAUGUUAGGAGUUAAAUGUCAGAGUAACGCCGAUUUAUUGGAAAUUUUUAUGAAUUCAAGCACAUCAAGUUCUUCAAAUAAAGAUAAAAAUUAUGAAGAUACAAGCGUCGUUACAGCCAGCGAUUUCACUCAUGAAACCUUAAAAGAAAAUAUUUCAAAGACAGACAGUAUAAAUUCAUCAGAUUCAAAAGACAAAAGUCAAAAUAGCAGUACUUUAAAAUUAAUAGCGGGUAUACAAGAGUCGCUUGAAAAAUUACUGUCAGAAAAUGUGGGACAGCCUAAAUUAUUACUAAAAAAACUUAACAGCGUGUUUAGCAGCAUUGUGUCGAGCGAAAAAACUCCAGCAACCUCGCCAGUAAAAACAGCACGUGUGUCUCCGAUGAAAAAUUCGGAGUUAAGCCGCUCGGUGUCAUCUCUUGCCCGCAGAAGUGUGGACAGCCCGACUAAAAAAUCAUUCGGAUUAAAAAGACGGACCUCGAUGACGCAGAUACCUUAUACGGGUAGUUCGCGCAGAUCUAGCUCGGCUGGCCGUAGCGUACGUGCUGACAGUCCUAACAAAGAAAUUAAAUCCCGGCUGUCGUCAUCCGCGUACCAAGUAACUAAAUCCCAUCAACAAGUUCAGCAAGAAGCUGCUGUUAAAAUUAAACCUGUCCCGGUGAUUGGUAAAAGUAAACUACGCAAAAAGCCAGAGCAAGCCCUUGAAGUUCCGAAGAAGGGUCCGCUGAAAGCGGUGAUUCCUCUGGGUAAUAUGCACCGACGCACUUCGCUGGGGAAGCGCGUUGCUCCGACGACUCCUCCGAAGUCUUCCCGCGCUUCCAUUGGUAAAACCAGCACUCCAAAUACUGGAGAGGAGGUUCUAGACUGCCUGAAGAAACCUCCCAAGACUAAACCUCUGGCUGCUUCCACUCCAGAAGGGGGUUAUAAGAAUACCCGCUCCAGUUUGCCGGUUCCUAAAAGUCCGAGACCUUCUUGCAGUAUUUCGCCGGUUACUCCCAAGACUCCGAUGGUCACUCCCAAGACUCCCAGAGGGUCUAGUCCUCGAGUUACUCCAGGAGCCAGUCCCCGGAUUCAAAAUAAAAAUAAUUCUCUUGAACGUUCUCUAGUUAAAAAAAUAUCUUCACCUACGACUCCUAAAUCAUCUCCAAGAGUAAAUAAAAUAAAAGAAGUUUCUCACCGGCUGAGCUUAUCGUCACAGCCGAUCAAUAAACCUGGACAUUCUCGUCGUUCAGAACCUGUGAAACAAGAUUUAUCAAAGAGCGAGAGCUCGAAAAAAACACCCGGUGUUUUAACCGAACAAAAUACUCCAGUUGCUAAAGUAAAGCCGAUUAAUUUAGCUUCUAAAUUUGUUCUGCGUCGCACCGGAAGCUUCAGAUUUCCCGAGAAGGAAAAUAAAUUAUUAAAAUAAACU